AAGCUGUCCGUUUCCUGUCACCUCUGCAGAGUUAAUGCGGUUCCUUAGCGUUGAUCACUCACUGUAGAUUUAACAAAGGCAUUCCUGCCAUGUCAAAACCCGUUUACGAUGGUACCUUCAUGCAAGAGGAACGCCAUUUGGCAUCUAAUACAGGACACGCAAACAAAAAGAAAUGGGGAUUGGUUAUCACUGGUGUUGUUGGAGGGACAUUAGUGGCACUGUACGCAGUGACCACUCCAUUUGUAGCACCAGCAUUAAGAAAAAUUUGCCUUCCAUAUGUACCAGCAACUACCACUCAGAUUGAAAAUGUACUGAAAAUGCUUCGGUCUAGAAGAGGACCUGUUGUCGAUAUUGGGAGUGGCGAUGGUCGUAUUGUAAUAGCUGCAGCAAAAGAAGGCUUCAAGGCUGUUGGUUAUGAGUUAAAUCCUUGGUUAGUGUGGUAUUCCCGAUAUCGAGCAUGGAGAGAAGGUGUUCAUCAUAAUGCCAAAUUUUAUAUUACGGAUUUAUGGAAGGUCCGCUUUUCUGGAUAUAUGGAUGUUGUCAUAUUUGGGGUACCACAGAUGAUGCCUCAGUUGGAAAAGAAGCUAGAGAUGGAAUUACACAAAAGUGCUAGAGUAAUAGCCUGCCGUUUUCCAUUUCCACAGUGGAUCCCGAACCACAUCUCUGGAGAAGGAGUGGACACUGUCUGGGCAUAUGACUUGGAGACAUUAAGAAAAACCAAAGACUCAGAAGACCAAAAACAAAUUUUGUCUGAGACAACAUGACCGUGUACCACUUAUUGAGUUCACAUAAUAAUAAUAAAACACACAGGAGACCGAAA